GUCUAUCAUCUGUUUCCUUAUCACUCUUCUCUUAACAUUCCUAAAUUGCCCCUUCUUCCGUCAAGCGUCUAGACACAAGACUCGGGUUCCAUUUGGUUCCCAAACAGCCAGUGUAGGUCUGUGUCCGACAUGACCUCUUGGUCCUGGGAGUGCGCAUCAGCUGGUCUAGUAGACUCUACAGAAUUCGCGACGCUUGGAAAAGACUUCCUUGACGACUUUCUUGAAAAACUCGAGACAGACGACUCCCUUCGUGACUGGCUUGCAACACCUGGCAGUGGAGGAGCAGUAACCACUCAAGAUAUUCACUAUCAAGAGUCUGGUCUAGCGAACACCAUGGUGCAGGAAGCUAGUGAACAAGGACAUUCCGGAAUCACCCCUGAUACCUCGAACAUCUUCCCCGAUCAAGCUAUCGCGAUGGACCAGGCGAAUCUAGAUAAUUACGGUAUCUCGAUGGCGUAUGAAAGUGGCUCGGUGCCUGCCCUGGAAGAUUAUGAUACCGCCGCGGUUUUGGACGAACUUGAGGUCUUGAACUCAGGACAAUUCGAUGUCUCUGCCAUAUCACAGGGUGGUAUUAUGUCCUCGGCACACCCCAGCAUGUCGUCUCUGCAUGCUAGCCAAGCCAAUGAGCUACCUGCCAACUAUUACGGCUGCGCCACUCCUAAUAUGAUAGGGACUGUGGCUGCUUCUUCUCAACAUCUUGCCAUGAAGCAAGCUGGCAAUGCCUUCUCGCAGCCAUACAGCAGCAGUCCCUUCUAUUCAUAUGGCACUUCCACGAUGGAUAAUGGCUCGAUGAGCUCAUAUGUGUCCACUCCUAUGGAACAGACAGCACCCCACUUUGUUAAUGUACCCAACACUCGAUUCAAUCAUGGGCUUAUGAGCCAGAUGUCUACCCCUCCGUCGCAGCGAGCUGCUGCUGGUCUCGCCCAGGGAUUUGUGACACCGAUUAAUCAGAUUAACAGACCCAACACCAACCGAUCGGAUACUGCAUCUUCGGGCAACUCGCAAAAUAUGCGCAGAUACAAUGCUGCUCCACUUAUGGCACAAGCAGUCACAGGUGCUGCCAGCCACUUCAUCACAAUCCCUACGCCUGUGUGCCAGACUAUGAAUCCUUCGCAGCAGCAGGUCGAGGGGAAGUCUACCGGCAAGACCAAACUAGGUGCCCGAUCACCCGCAAACAACUCAUCAGCGUCUGGAUCUGGACCAGACAUGAACUCGAGCCCGCCUGCUUACCUCCCCGGCCAGCUUGGAACAGUCAAUGGCGUUCAAGGCAGUGUCUCUGGAAGUAGCGGAUCAUCUGUAAAGAGAUACACUUCCCCCCGUGUCAAGCCUGCUACUACCCCAGUGCCCAGUAUUGUCCAAAACACCGGCGACAGAAAUGUUACAGCCUCAAGCCCAUCAGUUUCAAGCUCCCCAACCCCGGUUGCGGCUGACACGGCUACCCAGAUAGCAACUGCUCUUAGAUCACCGGCCUCGCUUCCCCGACCCAGCGUUGUUCCUGACAUUGUGCAGCUAAUGGACCCAGUGACAUUCAACGUUGACGUUGAAACCACGUACUCUUCCCUGACAGAAGCUAGGGAAGCAAAUCGAACCGCGUCUGGCCCUCGCGAAGACGACACUCUUCCUACAACAGACAUCCAGAAAAGAGCAAUUGUCAAGGCCCUGACAAAUGCAAUGCUGAGUACCAAAAGCGCGGAGGACAACCCGGGAAUGGUUAAGCCAUUUCACGAAGGCAAAUUUGGCUCGGCAAGAGUCGAGGCCGUCUGUUGGGAGCUCCUAGAAAGUGUCAUUGCCAGGCAUACCUCGGGCUCGUUGUUGGCAUGCUAUGGAAUUAAGCGCAAGGGCAGUGGCGAGUCGAUGACCUUUACUGAACGUAUGACCAGGAUCUUGCAGUGCCUGUCGACACAAAAGACGAUUUGCAAACACUUGCUAGACCCGCUGUACAUGCACCAGUUUGUCGAUGACCCUCUUUCCGCUUAUAAGCGCGUCAUCGCAAAUAAGACUCUGAACAAACGCAAAGGGGAGGUGAUGAAUGCUGGAAAGCAAGUGCUUGGAGCCAAGAGGACCAACGCCACGACUACGCAGAGCCAGGAAGUGAAGAGGGAGGAACCCAACAGUAGUAUUAAUAUCACUCCGACGAACACUCCUGGAAGCGCUACGGUCAAUAGAAGAAAGAUUUUCGCAACACCGACAGCGACCUUCCGACAGACAGCCGCAAACCUCGCACGCCACGCGGCCAAUAAUAAUAUGCUACCAGGGACGAUGGAUGUAGGUGCGCAUGCUUCGCUCGCUCAAGCCGCCCGGGGCUCGCCCUCGCUCUCGCUCGGAAGAAUGCCCACUACAAAUGCCCACACGAAUCGCAUGAUGGGCGCAACAUCGCACCCAAGACAAAACGUUGCCUUCAAUUCUUUGACUCCAAACUCCCAGCCUCCAUCUCAUGUCAAACCGCUUGAUACCCUCUACGAUCCAGAGGCCAUGCUAGGAAGUCUCAUUCAACGCAAUAUGUCGAACCCCAAUGCCAACCCAAACGCCAACCCCAACAUGAACCCCGGCAUGGCGUCCAGCGUGGCUUCUAACAUGACUCCCAGCAUGGCGCCCAGCAUGAACCCCGGCAUGAAAUCUAGAAUGAACACCGGCGUGAACCCAAAUGCGAACCCCAAGAUGAUGCACGCCAACGUGAAGAACCCCAAUACUCAAGCCAGACAACAGCAGCAAGCACCAGGUGCUACGACUGGCCCUCGGAAGAGGACCUUGUCCGAUACAAACUUUGAAGACCAACCUCCGUCGGCCAAACGACAGCAUUGACCUUAAUCCAACACAAACACAACGG